AUGGAUCAUCAUUGUGUUUACAUUAACAAGUGCAUUGGAUACUUCAACUACAAGUUUUUUGUCUUGUUCUUGGGCUGGAGUUCAAUCACAUGUUUGUACCAAAGCAGUCUGUUAUUCCGCUAUGUACUGGCGUAUAGUUUAAAUCAGACUACAAAACUCAUGGCCUUGGGCAAGCUUCGACUCUUUGAUCCUCAUCUGCAGACUGUAAUCGUGUUUUUUGGUAGCACGUGUUUAGGACUGGCCUUGGCUUGUUUUUAUAUCGUGCAUAUGUACUUUGUUGCUAACAACUAUAGCACUCUCGAGUACUGCGAAAAACGCGACGAUCUGGAUCAUGUGAACUACUAUAACGUGGGUCUACUGCGCAACUUUCAAGAAGUAUUUGGUACUUUCUACGAGUUUCCAUACUGGUUUAUCCCGGUACAUAGCCCCAGCUUUCGGAAGCGAGAUGGAAAAACUUUUCCAUUGAACAAGUUCAUUAAAGCCGACUAG